UAAAUUCAAUUAAAUUCCUAAAAGAAAAAGAAAAAGAAAAUACAGACAGAAACCCUUAAACCCUCGACGCAUCCGUAAGCAUGGCUUCCCGCUUGGCUACCUCUUCCCUGCGCUGCCUGCAGAACUCCGCCAUGCGCAACCUUUCUCUCCGCAGAGGUGUUCGAUCUUCCAUUUACGUUUCAAGGACCGAAUCUCAAUCAGCCCGCAGAAAGGUGGAAGCUACCCUGGACCCCCUGUCCCCGUUUGAUAGACUACCAUUGUAUCGUCGAUCGCACAGUCUCCCACGUUUCGAUUGGCCACCUGAUCUUGCUCUGUGCGUAUACGAGAUAAAACAUACAUCAUCAAGCUUACAACUUUCCAAGCCUAAGCCUGAGACUGAGACCGUUGUUUAUUAUCAUAAUCAUGUUCUUUGUACAUAUCUCCUUAAAGAGGAUGGCACCUUCUCACCUAAGUAUUCCACAUGUCCUCCCUCUUUUCUAAACGACUAUUCCUUCACUGGGGCUACUUUUAAUGGUCUACUUCACUUUCAUAACCCUAAGUCGUCCAGUCAUGCUCUUUGGAACCCAACAACGAGUGAGUAUAAGAUCCUGCCUAACCCCAAGCCCCAUCCAAAAACUCUUGAAGAGUGGCGUUUAAAGGCAUUUGGAAUGUGGUGUGACCAUAAAUUUGAAGAUAUCAAAGUGUUGCAAAUUAACAUCUUGAAUUUGGCUCGUGAAGUUCAGUGCUGCUUUGAUCAAUUUAACUUGUAUUCACUCAAAACUAAUUCAUGGAGGUUAAUACCAGUAUGCACUCAGUUUUGCUAUGACUUAUUUGUCUGUGCUUGCAUAUCUGGGGUUGUUUAUUGUAAAGCACAUGGCAAAAACAACGACGUCACCGUUAUUCGUUCGUUUGACCUCUCUACUGAAACUAUGUCUACUUUACCCUUUCCUAAACAUGAUGGGAAUCCUUAUAAACUUUUUGAGUGUAAUGGGUUGCUUAGUGUUGUUGCAUUGUUGUAUGAUGAAGAUGGUGUACCUUGUCAAUUCCACCUUUGGACAAUGAGAGAUGGAUCAUGGAUAAUGGAAUCUGUUUUCCAUACUCGUGGUGUUCGGGAGAUGUUAUGGCUUUCGCUGGACGGUAAGCUAUUGUAUUUUGUAAGCAUGACCGAUGAGCUAAUGGUGUUUGAUCGUAGCAUUGGAAAGUUGAAGCAUCUUGGUGUUAAUUGUUUUGGGUAUAACCCAAAUAUCAUUCCGUUUGUUGAGAGUUUUGGUCAACUCAAUGGAAUUUCACAUGUUGAGGAGACAUUGGAAGAGAGAUUGCCCAAAGAUCAAGACAUAGACUGCACUGAGUGAGAGUUCGGGGCCUGAGGAAGUAGACCUAUGCGUGGGAAAUGGAGCUAGAGUUGCUGCUGAACGCGUAGGGACUUAUAGAUUAGAUCUGUCUUCGAGAUAUAGACCUAAUUUAUGUACUGUAGUUUUUAUUUUGUUCCUAUUACUUCAAAGAAUAUUUGUCUUCAUUCCAAUGUUGAAUAUUGAGGGUUUUCCCUUUCAUUUUGCGAGCAACAUAUGCUCAACAUGUUUACA